GGCAGAUCAACGGUAGACAUGAUCGGCAAGAUAGUUCUGAUACUUUCGGCUUUGGCUCUGGCUCGAGCCCAGAUACCCAGUCUGGGUUUCUGUCCAGAUUACGUACCUAUGGCGAACUUUGACAUGUCUAAGUUUUUGGGUAUCUGGUACGAAGCUGAGAGAUACUUUCAACUGACAGAAGUAGUAUCACGAUGCGUAAUGGCAAAUUACACGGUGGGUCCUGACGGCAAGUACCGAGUCAGCAACGAAGUUACAAAUAGAUUCACGGGGAUCAAGAGAGUGUUAGAGGGUGAAAUCAAGAAAGCCGCCUCGAAAGCCGAAGAAGGAAAACUAAUCGUAAAAUACACGAUACCAUUGACUCCUGAAACCAAGUAUUCUGUACUCGAAACGGACUACGAUUCUUACGCGGUUCUGUGGAGUUGUUCCGGUAUCGGUCCGUUCCAUACGCAAAACGCCUGGGUUAUGACAAGAGAAAGAUUAGCACCGGGAACAGUCUUACAGAAGGCUUACGCCGUCCUUGACAGUUACAAGAUUUCCAAAACGUUCUUCGUAAAGACGGAUCAGCAAGACUGUGCUUACUUAGAUACGCCAAAACCACUGGAGACAUCAGAGAUACAAGGCGAUCAAGCUCCUGUAGAAGCUCCGCAGAAAGAUACCGAAAAUGUUAGAGCCGCUGUAGUGCCAGAUGCACCGGAAGUGAUCGUCGAAAUGAACACGAAGGAGGACGAAAAGUUGACGAAAAAGUCUCAAACUGCUGAAAACGCGAAGAAGAAGGCGGUUAACACGGUUCCCGUUCGAAUCAUGGAAGUGGCUGAUGCCGUGAAAGAAGAUAUACCGACGAAGAAUGCGAAGAUAAAAGAGGAGAAAAACGACGAGCCUAUGAAAGAGGGAGUCGACGAAAAUAUGAAGCAAGUGGAAAAGAUUGCGUGAAAAUAACGCUUGAAAAUGAAAUUUAUACUCGUCUCGUUCGAGACACUUCGCGUAGAUUAUUAUCGUUUAGUUCAGUUUCGGGCUUGUAGCGGUUUCGUUCUGUCGAAACCAGUCUCGCCUGAGUUUCAUGUUCGUUAUUCAUUCAUUUCCAAGGAUUAUCACUUUCAUGGUUCGUGGAGGGAUAGGAGGGUAUUUGUUUUAAUUUUUGUACAAAUGUAAAAAAAAAGAACGAUAAAAGUUAAAUAAAUUGUUACAUAAAAUGUUGCUAUGAAA